UUUUCACUGCACCGGAUCAUACAUACUUUCAUCAUUUCCGCCCUUUUUCAAUUUUUUUUUUUUGGUUGAGCUAAGUUUGUCACUGCUUCGCUGUGCCUGUUUGUCCUCAUUGCAUCCAACGAACCCUCGAGAAAUUUAUAACACCAAGCUUCCAUCUGCCCGGUCUUGUUCAUAUUUUGACUACAUUCUCUUUUUUUCUUCUUCCUUUUGUUCCCUCUUUUCUCCUCCCCUCCUCAGGCCAUACACGCCUUUAGAUCAAUUGAACAGGAAGCCGGACGGUUCACUACAUAAAGUUACAUGAACACAUCCGGGUCGUCUUCUGGUAUUAUUCUACCGACUAGUAACGGCCGUGGUUGUGGAUUAAGUACGCUGGGUAUCCCCCAUUUCUUGUCCUUAUAAUAUCUACCGUUAUGAAUUAUAGAGAGCACGAGGAGCCGUUGCUGGGUUCCAAGAUGAAUCCUGGUUAGCUUUGCCUUUCCCUACCUACUCUAGUCUUUGUAGUGAGGGUUUGCGGUUGACAUUGACUUUUUCGGUUAGGCACCACGGAUGUCGGGCCGGAAGCCUUGAGGUUCCCGCAGGCUAUUGCCCAUAGAGGGUGAAUACUUGGCUCCCCCACAGCAAUUUUGUUGUCCGCACGAUUGACUGACGGGAGAAUUGGGGACAGGUUUAGAGCUCAGUUUCCGGAGAACACUUUGACAGCUUUUGAAGGAGCUGUGAAGGCUGGCGCUCAUGCUAUUGAGACCGGUCAGUUUACCUGGAUCAAGCUACGGGAGGUAUGAUCACUAAGAUUUGUGGUGAAAAUUUAGAUCUGCAUUUGUCAAAAGAUGGUGUGGUCAUGAUAUCUCACGUAUGUCUUGGUUCGAAUCACGAGCAGAGAUAUAUGGGCCCGGAUUACUAACUCGGUUACUAAAGGAUGCAACCCUGAAACGGUGUUUUGGCGUUGAGGGAAAACUCAUUGACUGCGAUUAUUCAUAUCUUAAGGCUCUACGGACAUUGGAGGCUCCACAUGUUCCUAUGCCGACACUGAAGGAAGUCCUCGAGUUUAUGUGCCAACCAGCGGUUCUGGACUUGUGGCUAUUGCUGGAUAUAAAGGUGGACAAUGAUGCCGAAGACAUCAUCAGAGAGACCGCUUCUGCAAUCCAUUCAGUGAAUCCAAGCCGAGAUUUCUGGGCGAACAGAAUAGUCCUUGGAUGCUGGACACUAAAUUUUUUACAAGUAUGUGGGCCUUCUGCCCACAACUGGGUUUGGUUUUGUUAGGAUUGGUUUUGCUGACAAUGUGUACCAGCUUUGUGACUAUUACUUACCGGGGUUUCCAAUCACUGUACGCUUGAAAACUCUAAAUCGCUAUUCUAUAAGGCCUAUUUGAGCCAUUACUAACAGUUUUUUUUUGGCGCGAGGGCAGCACAUUGGGUUUUCGAUUCCUUAUGCAAGGGAGUUUCUCAAACAUCCGGGAGUUUCGUUCAAUCUUUUCCAUGCAGUCCUUUCCGGCAGGAAAGGCGCAAAGUUCAUGAAAGAUGCCCGAGCGGCAGGAAGGGAGAUCUAUGCGUGGACCGUGAACGACGAGCAAACCAUGAGGUAUACAACAAAUCUCUCCACAGCCUUCUUCUCCAAGCUACUUUUGGCAGGAAUACAGUUUGAGCUUACUUGCUGUGGGUCGGUUGAUUAGAUGGACGAUUCGCAAUGAAAUCGAUGGUAUUCCCCCUUCUCCUCCACUGCUUUCUCCCUUGCCGUUUCGGGAGCACGACCUAACGAUUAAAUAGCGAUCUGCACUGAUGACCCUAUCAAAUUUCUUGGGUAAUUUUUCUCUCCCCUGUUUCCCUUAAUGUGAUGUGACCGAGCUUUGUCGCUUACGAGAUGUUUCUAUGCGUUCAGCAUCUGUGACGGAUACCCAGGCGGUUGCUCUACAGGUUAUCUGGCUCUUCAAAGAACUUGGCAGAUUCCGAUCAUGCAGUUAUUUGCUUGGUUUAUAUCCAUCGGCUUCCGAUGUCGUUACCGAUUUAAGCCGAAAAACAAGAAUGGGUCCUUUCCCUGAGCAUACUUGUCAACAAUUAUUUUCCAUAAAAUGGGGGUAUCAUAUUAGCGUUUGUGUUCUUUUCAUUCCCGUACUUAUAUGAUUCUAUGCACAUAGGCUUUUUGUUUUGGGAGGGAAUUUUUGCAAGUCUCAGGUGUUUUGUUUGUGUGUUAUUUUUUUUAUGGAUUUCUUCUUUAUCUUCGGGCACGGGUUUUAUAUUGGGGUUUAGUGCAAGCACUAGCACACAAACCCAUUGCGCAAUACAGACGGGCAAGAGGAAAUGGUGAAAGCUUAGAGCUAUCUGGCUGUAUAAAGGGGAUUGAAAAAAAGUAAGAGGUAUGAUAUCAUGUCCACAACACCCAGCCGUAGUCUACCGGUAUAAGGGCUGAAGUUACCGCUAUUGGCACUAAAAUAGAAGGCAAAGGAGAAUUUACUUCAAGUUAGGUGAGACUUGUCUUGGACUUUUUUUUUUCUUUUUUUUCUUUUCUGCUGUGAAGUGUUGGUGGUUUAUUUGUUUGCCUUCUUGCUUGCUUCCGACUAAGUUAAAUAGUCUAAUACCGUAGUACCGGAAUAAUAUUAUAAUAAUAAUAUUACAAUAUUAUUAUCCUUUAG